UCUUCUGUUGUCGGCCGAAGGAGGGUGGGAAGGGGGUGGAAGAUGGCGGCCCCGGCGCUUCCAGAGCAGCAGCAGCGGCGGCGGCAAAGGGGGGAGGAGAACGGCUGCGAGGACGGCCCCAGCCCCGGGGAAUCCGUUGAGGAUAAAGGUGAGUCAUCGUACCAGCGCUCCCGUCGCAAGCUGGAGAACCUCCUCAACAAGAGCAUGCGCAUCCGCAUGACAGACGGCCGGACCCUCGUGGGCUGUUUCUUGUGCACCGACCGAGAUUGCAACGUGAUCCUGGGCUCUGCCCAAGAGUACCUCAAACCCACAGACUCCUUCUCCACGGGAGAACCCCGAGUCCUGGGCCUGGCCAUGGUUCCUGGACAUCACAUCGUCUCCAUUGAAGUAGAGCUUGAGAGUUUGGCUUCCCUGCAGUACCUCUGAUACACCAGCAGAGAGCGGCCCAUCUUGACUCUUGGAAAAAAAACGGGUCCGGCAACUCCUAGGGACUCCUAGGGUUUUUUCCGCAUGUUCAGAUCUCCCCCACGGCUUUGCCCGAGCACUUUUCUAUCAAGCCCGCGUUGGACUGAUUUGCGGUGCAUAAAGUAUUCCUCAUUCCCAGGACUAGGGAAGCCAGGUGUUUGCAUUUUAAAGAUGUUUAUUAAAUCUAAUAAAGUCUGGCUAUUGCCCUGAA